AUGGAGGGACACACGGAAAUGGAGGUGCUAAGGACACUGAAGGGAUCUUCCACAGGGGAGGUCAGUGUGCACCUGGUGGCCAGAGACAGCGCAGGUCCCCGUCCUCACCUGCCUGCAACUGCCUUUAUUAUUCCUACCAAUGCAACUACCCUUAGUCUGCCCAGCCCGGCUUCAGCAGUGUCCUAUCCCCGAGAGCCAGCCCAUGUGGGUGCCCUGGAGCGAGUGACUAGCAGCGAACCAGUUACUGCCACCUUUCUGCCACAGCUAAGCACCGGGCCAGGGACCAAUAGCACAGUCAGGCUCCUGGAUUGGACAGGAGUUUGCACAUCUUCAGCUGGGAGUGGCCUACGGUUCCGAAUAAGCGAAUAUGCGCCACUGAACAUGAUGGGAGUACAGCGACCGCCAAGCCCGGAACGGCAGCGAGAAAGCCUGGUCGGACAUGAAGGUAGCUCUACAGGAGGCGAUACGGGCACCCAGUACCCUGAUGUCCGCCAGGACCCUCAAGAAGACACCUCUCAGGAACCCCCAGAAGACGCGAGCUCCAGUGAGUACCAGACUUUUGGGCCUCAACAAAGCACUGCUCCAGACCUUGGUUCUUCAGAUGACCACUGCCCUCUGCCUUUCCAGAAGCGGUCAGUCAUAGUAGAGAACUCGGGCUGUGCUGUCACUUCCGAGCUCCUAAAGCCCAUGAAGAAGAGGAAACAUAGGGAGUACCAGAGCCCAUCAGAGGAGUCAGAAACAGAGGCCAUGUCUUUCUUUCUACAGAAGCAAGAAGGAAAAGAUCCAGAGAGUCAGCCUACCACCAGCACCCCAGAGGGCGAAGAGUGGAGCCGAGGCCAGCUGGUGUCGGAGGAGAAGAAGGAAGGCUGGUCCUGGGAGUCCUACCUGGAGGAGCAGAAGGCUGUCACUGCCCCAGUCAGCCUCUUCCAGGAUUCCCAGGCAGUCGCCCCUAACAAGAAUGGCUUCAAACUGGGCAUGAAGCUGGAAGGCAUUGACCCUCAACACCCGUCCAUGUACUUCAUCCUCACCGUGGCAGAGGUGUGUGGCUACCGCCUGCGCCUGCACUUUGAUGGGUAUUCUGAGUGCCAUGACUUCUGGGUCAAUGCCAACUCCCCUGACAUUCAUCCUGCUGGUUGGUUUGAGAAGACUGGCCACAAGCUGCAGCCUCCCAAGGGUUACAAGGCAGAGGAAUUCAGCUGGAGCCAGUACCUGCGCAGUACAAGAGCUCAGGCAGCCCCCAAGCACCUGUUCGUAAGCCAGAGCCAGAGUUCUCCCCUAGUGGGCUUCCAGGUGGGCAUGAAGCUGGAGGCUGUGGACCGCAUGAACCCAUCCCUCGUCUGUGUGGCCAGUGUGACCGAUGUGGUAGACGGCCGCUUCCUGGUGCACUUUGACAACUGGGAUGAUACUUAUGACUACUGGUGUGAUCCCAGCAGUCCCUACAUCCACCCAGUGGGCUGGUGCCAGAAGCAUGGAAAGCCUCUCACCCCUCCACAAGACUAUCCAGACCCUGAUAGCUUCUGCUGGGAGAAUUAUCUAGAAGAAACUGGGACCUCAGCUGUGCCCACUUGGGCCUUCAAAGUGAGACCCCCUCACAGCUUCCUGGUCAACAUGAAGCUGGAGGCUGUGGACCGCCGGAACCCAGCACUGAUUCGGGUAGCCAGCGUGGAAGAUGUGGAGGACCAUCGGAUAAAGCUCCACUUUGAUGGCUGGAGUCACAACUAUGACUUCUGGAUCGACGCCGACCACCCGGACAUCCACCCUGCAGGCUGGUGCUCCAAGACAGGACAUCCCCUGGAGCCUCCUCUCCGGCCCAGAGAAUCCAGUGCUGCCUCACCCGGGAGCUGUCCCACGCUCAGCCACAGGAGCCCACCCCACACAAAGCCCUCCAAAUACAGCUUUCACCAGCGGAAGUGCCCCACUCCUGGCUGUGAUGGCUCUGGCCACAUUACAGGCAAGUUCACGGCUCACCACUGCCUCUCUGGCUGCCCGCUGGCCGAGAGGAACCAGAGUCGGCUGAAAGCGGAGCUGUCCGACUCGGAGACGGCAGCCAGGAAGAAGAACCUGUCUAAUUUGUCCCCAAGGAAGAAGCCCCGCCAUCAUGGCCGGAUUGGACGUCCUCCAAAGUAUCGCAAGAGUCUGCAAGAAGAUUUUCAAGCCCUUCCUCCCAGUGUGGUGCACCAGUCCCUCUUCAUGUCCACCUUGGCCACCCACCCUGAUCGCUCAUUCUCUCUGUGCUGGGAGCAGCACUGCAAGCUCUUGCCAGGAGUGGCAGGUAUCUCAGCCUCCACGGUCUCCAAGUGGACCAUUGAAGAGGUCUUCAGCUUUGUUCUGACCUUGACGGGCUCUGAGGACCAAGCACGCCUCUUCAAAGAUGAGGUAAGGUACCAGUGCAGAGGGACAGAGACAAAGUUGCUGCCGUUGAGAUGGCGGAAAUCCAUUACCCUCACCAGCAUUACCCGAGCCCGAGAGGGACCUCUGAUGCUCUGCAAGGCAAGACGAGUCAUAGUCGCCCAUGUCUGAGAAAUCAUGCAGGGACUGUGGCCUGGCUUGGAGACACUGUGUUCAGAUUCCCUUUGGGAAGAAAGAUGUGUCCUGAAGAAGGAAUCCAUUUGUUCUUAUGCUGU